AUGGAGUUUUUACAGAAGGGGAGAAUUCAAAAACAUGAUCUCAACCCACAUUCUGGAGUGGAUAAGUCCAUUCUGAGGCAAGUGAGGAUCCUCAGUAGGCAUAAUGAGUUGGUGGUAGGAUUCAGGACUGUAUCACUUGAGACUGCAGGUAGAGGUCCUAUUUUUUAAAGUUCUCCCAUGGGAGAAAAAGAAGAGCACUGUGCAUAAAAAAGCUAGCACAUGGGUAGGCAAACUAAGGCCCAGGAGCCGGAUCUGGCCCAAUCACCUUCUAAAUCCAGCCCACGGAUUUAGAAUGCAUCUCUGGGUUAUCUUUGGGGCAUAGGAAUUUGUUCACCCCCCCCCAAGAUAUAGUCCGGCCCCCCACAGGGUCUGAGGGACAGUGGACCGGCCCCCUGCUGGAAAAGUUUGCUGACCCCUGAGCUAGCACAUCAGGACGAGAGGGCUGUGCUGAGCUAAAUUUCUCACUUUGGUUUGGCUGGUCUACAUGCAGACUUGCUUGUUUUUCCAUCUCUCUCAAGUGUGUUAAAAAAACAUCUGCACCUUCAGCCUGAAAGCUGCUAUUGUAAGAGAGUGCAAACAUCUUUCUUAAAUAUAAAUUUACUUCUGUUAAGCAACUCCCCCCUGCUAAGCGUUGUGCAUAUAUUUCAUGUUGCUGACUAAGCCACCAAUAAGCUGAAAACAGGAUCAGCAGCAGCCCCAGCAACAGCUGUUUGAUUGGACUGAGGGCUGGCCAAAGGAAAGUUCACAUGGCUGGUUGUAUUGUUCUCUUUGUAGCCUAACACUCAUUGCAUGAAAGGAAAAAGGAACUGGGAAGGAGGAGGAAAAGCAAAGCACUGGAGCAAGUGACAGAUGGAUGAGGGCCUUCACUUGGAUUAUGGUGGAAGCCAGAUUUGUCUCAACCCUUGCUAUGGUUUUUCUGGGGGGAGAGGAGGUGCAGCAGAGUACGAUAGUUGUGUGAACCUAUAUUCGCAACUGUGACUGGAGAAAGAAAUUAAUUUUGAACUUUGCGUUGGAAGCGGGGGAGAGAGAGAGAGAGAGAGAUGUCCCCUCAACUACGUACUCCCUCCUUCCUCUCUCCCUUUUCCUUGAGGGACGAUGGAGAUGGUGGAGAGGCCCGUCUUUCCCGUGUCUUUUUUCCUCCACCACAAACCUGCAAGGAAGGUUGGGCUGAGGCCAUGGGCCUAGGGGGGGGGGAGGGCAUGGCUGAGGGAUGAAUUAUUUGGCCCAACCUUGCCCCUCCAGACUCUUGUGCUACUGACAUUCAGGCAUAAGUUUAUGUAUAUAGUUUUAAUUUUAUCAGUGUUUAAUUGUGUAGUUUUUUAAAUGAACUGGUUUUUCUGUUUUUGGCAGUUGUUUUUUUAAUCUGUAAGUUGCCUUGAGUCCCGUCAGGGGAAAAGGCAGGGUAUAAAUAAAUAUGUAAUAACAAAAACAAUAUUAUUAUAUACAGUAUUUAUUGCAAACCAUUCCAGGCUUGCGAAAAUAACCCCCUCCGGGUUUUUGCCUCAGCUCCUUCCUCACACAUUGUUUUCUUUGCCCCUCCCCCAACCGCCAAUAACAACUUAUCGCAGCUGAGGCAGUUUUAUCCUUCCGCGUUGCCAGUAAAAAAAAACACCUCGAAAAAGGCGGGGUCAAAGCUCCUGACGUCACCUCUGUUGCUUUCCCCCUUCUCAGCAUACGGUUUGACAGCGCACGCGCGGGGCGGAAAAAUAGUCCUUCUUACGUCAGCUGGCUGGUGGUUUUUUUUUCUUUUGGCGGAGUGAUCUUAUUGUUCAGCGAAAAACCUAUAUAAAAGGAGGUCGCGGGCAGCUGCGCAGUUAGAACAAAUCGCCUCUCCUCGCCUGGAAUUUGCUGUCUGCUUGGACCGGCUCGAGCUCUGCGGUGAGAUAUUUUUCGUUGGGAAAUAGGGCUUAUUUCUCUCCUUUUUCCUCUGCCGCUUGGCUUCUUCGUUAAAGCUACCUUCAGGCUAGGAGGAAGGGCUGUUUUCUGAAGGGUGUUUGGGCUCGUGAGGGAUACUUUGGAGCGGCUGAGGGGGCGAAAGCGGAGGGAGAGGGCGUGGUUUGGCGGGGCGGGAAGGGAAUCCAUUUGAGUUGGUACUUGAGGGGUCAUCAGCCUUUAAGUGACGGGGUACAAUAUACUCCUCAAGAGUUGCUGUCAUUUCGACGUGUACGCAUGCCAGUUCGGGUACGAAUUGGCCAAAAAAGCCUAAAGGCGCCGCCGUCCAAAAUGGCCGCCUCGAGGAAGAGACGACAAACAACACGGCGAAGGCCGUUAACGCCCCUGCGCUUGUGACGCAGCCAGGCACUGUGACGUCACGUGGCCAGGCGCCGGCUAGGGGUGCGCGCGCAUCCUUGCUCUCUUUCUGCCUUGUUGGUCCGAAGGGGGCGGAGCUCGUUGCCUUAGGCAAGCGGAGUUGGUAUUGUUUAGUCAGUGGGUUGAUUGCUGGCUUGUUUUAAGUCGGGGCAUCUUAAAUGAAGUGAGACUUUUUCCAAAUCUGAAUUGUGCUGCUUCUCUCCCCCCCCCCCCCGCAGAGAAAAUGCAGAUCUUUGUGAAGACCUUGACGGGCAAGACCAUCACCUUGGAGGUGGAGCCAAGUGACACCAUUGAGAACGUCAAGGCCAAGAUUCAGGACAAAGAAGGCAUUCCCCCUGACCAGCAGAGGCUGAUCUUUGCUGGCAAGCAGCUGGAAGAUGGCCGCACCCUGUCUGACUACAACAUCCAGAAGGAAUCCACCCUCCACCUUGUGCUGCGCCUGAGGGGGGCAUGCAGAUCUUUGUGAAGACCUUGACGGGCAAGACCAUCACCUUGGAGGUGGAGCCAAGUGACACCAUUGAGAACGUCAAGGCCAAGAUUCAGGACAAAGAAGGCAUUCCCCCUGACCAGCAGAGGCUGAUCUUUGCUGGCAAGCAGCUGGAAGAUGGCCGCACCCUGUCUGACUACAACAUCCAGAAGGAAUCCACCCUCCACCUUGUGCUGCGCCUGAGGGGAGGCAUGCAGAUCUUUGUGAAGACCUUGACGGGCAAGACCAUCACCUUGGAGGUGGAGCCAAGUGACACCAUUGAGAACGUCAAGGCCAAGAUUCAGGACAAAGAAGGCAUUCCCCCUGACCAGCAGAGGCUGAUCUUUGCUGGCAAGCAGCUGGAAGAUGGCCGCACCCUGUCUGACUACAACAUCCAGAAGGAAUCCACCCUCCACCUUGUGCUGCGCCUGAGGGAGGCAUGCAGAUCUUUGUGAAGACCUUGACGGGCAAGACCAUCACCUUGGAGGUGGAGCCAAGUGACACCAUUGAGAACGUCAAGGCCAAGAUUCAGGACAAAGAAGGCAUUCCCCCUGACCAGCAGAGGCUGAUCUUUGCUGGCAAGCAGCUGGAAGAUGGCCGCACCCUGUCUGACUACAACAUCCAGAAGGAAUCCACCCUCCACCUUGUGCUGCGCCUGAGGGGAGGCAUGCAGAUCUUUGUGAAGACCUUGACGGGCAAGACCAUCACCUUGGAGGUGGAGCCAAGUGACACCAUUGAGAACGUCAAGGCCAAGAUUCAGGACAAAGAAGGCAUUCCCCCUGACCAGCAGAGGCUGAUCUUUGCUGGCAAGCAGCUGGAAGACGGCCGCACCCUGUCUGACUACAACAUCCAGAAGGAGUCCACCUUGCACCUGGUUCUACGUUUAAGGGGUGGCAUUUAA